GAUUAUCAAGGAAAGAAGUGGGACGUCAAAUGCGACACCGAUUAUCCCGGCAAUGAUAUUGCCACGGUCGCGUGCGAGACAUUCGAACACUGCUUCCGUGUGUGCACAGACUAUCCGGGCUGUGUAGCGUUCUCGUACCUGCCCGGAAUAUGCUACCUUAAAGAGCGUGCCUUGCACCCAGUGUCGAAGCCCAAUGUCGAUGCUGCUGCCUUGGUUGACCCUCCCGCACACCCGACGACAACA